UUGUCAGCCCACCCUCCGGAGAGAGCGCCCGAGCUGCCUUUCCCAGAGUGCUCCGCGCCGUGAAGAAGCGGCUCCCGGGGACCGGGGGCAUUUUGUGUUGGCUGGAGCUAGAGUAACAAGAUGGCGGCCUCGGCGGAGUGACGGGUUCCCUCCGGGCCGGAGCCGGCGGCAGUGGUGGCAGCGGGACCGCCCGCCCUCGUUCGCCGCGCCCCUUCCCCAGCCCGCGACGUCGCCGCGACCACGAACGACACAGCGGCGGCCGCCCGAUUAGAGCAAAGCGGCCGAGCUUCAGCAGCCGCGACCACCCUUCGCGAAACGAACUGCGGCCUGGGCCCUCUUCAGCGAGCGGCGGCGGCGGCGGCGGCGAUCCGGCUUCUCCCUGCCGCCCGUGCGCCCCGUGACGCCGACCGAGCCUUGGGUUUAGCUUGCCCCGCCGCGCUUCUCACUUCUGCCGCGGGUGGAACAGCCCCGGAGGCUUCCAUCCUCUUCCUGGGGUGUCGGGGCUCGGCCCCCCGCCUCCAUCUUCGCGUCUCAGGAUGGCGAGCAGCAGCGGCUCCAAGGCCGAAUUUAUCGUCGGUGGGAAAUACAAACUGGUGCGGAAGAUCGGAUCUGGCUCUUUCGGGGACAUUUAUCUAGCGAUCAACAUCACCAAUGGCGAGGAAGUGGCAGUGAAACUAGAAUCCCAGAAGGCCAGGCAUCCCCAGUUGCUGUACGAGAGCAAACUGUAUAAGAUUCUUCAAGGUGGGGUUGGCAUCCCUCACAUACGGUGGUAUGGUCAAGAAAAAGACUAUAAUGUGCUAGUCAUGGAUCUCCUGGGACCCAGCCUUGAAGACCUCUUCAAUUUCUGUUCAAGAAGGUUCACUAUGAAGACUGUACUUAUGUUAGCUGACCAGAUGAUCAGUAGAAUUGAAUAUGUGCAUACAAAGAAUUUUAUACACAGAGACAUUAAACCAGAUAACUUCCUAAUGGGUAUUGGGCGUCACUGUAAUAAGUGUUUAGAAUCUCCAGUGGGGAAGAGGAAAAGAAGCAUGACUGUUAGUCCUUCUCAGGACCCAUCUUUCUCAGGAUUAAACCAGUUAUUCCUUAUUGAUUUUGGUUUGGCCAAAAAGUACAGAGACAACAGGACAAGGCAACACAUACCAUACAGAGAAGAUAAAAACCUCACUGGCACUGCCCGAUAUGCCAGCAUUAAUGCACAUCUUGGUAUUGAGCAGAGUCGCCGAGAUGACAUGGAAUCUUUAGGAUAUGUUUUGAUGUAUUUUAAUAGAACCAGUCUGCCGUGGCAAGGACUGAAGGCUGCAACAAAGAAACAGAAAUAUGAAAAGAUUAGUGAAAAGAAGAUGUCCACUCCUGUUGAGGUGUUGUGUAAGGGAUUUCCUGCAGAAUUUGCCAUGUACUUAAAUUACUGUCGUGGGCUGCGCUUUGAGGAAGCUCCGGAUUACAUGUAUCUGAGGCAGCUAUUCCGCAUCCUUUUCAGGACCCUGAACCACCAAUAUGACUACACAUUUGAUUGGACGAUGUUAAAGCAGAAAGCAGCCCAGCAGGCAGCCUCUUCCAGUGGGCAGGGUCAGCAGGCCCAAACCCCCACAGGCAAGCAAACUGACAAAACCAAGAGUAACAUGAAAGGUUUCUAAGCAUGAAUUGCGGAAGAGAAGCAGCAGAGCAGACGAUUGGAGCAGCGUUUGUUUCUCCCCAUAUCUAGACAUUUUAGUUCAUAUGUACACUAGCCAGUGGUUGUGGACAACCAUUUACUUGGUGUAAAGAACUUAAUUUCGGUAUAAACUGGCUCUGGGUAGCCCUGCUGAUCCUGAGCUGUAGCCGCUGUACUUGUGAAUAUUAACUGAGGUAGUGAAACAUGGUGUCCGGUUUUCUAUUGCAUUUUUUUUUUUCAAGUGGAAAAGUUAACUAAAUGGUUGACACACAAAUUGGUGGAGAAAUUGUGCAUAUGCCAAUUUUUUUUUUUUUUUUUUUAAUCUUUUAUUUUGAACUAUACUGCUUUGAGAUCUCAUUUCAGAAGAACGGCAUGAACAGUCUUCGGCCACAGUUGUGAUGGUUGUAAAUGUUCACAAUUGUGUGUUCUUAGGGUUUUCCAUCCCUGGGGUUUGCAAGUUGUUAACUUAAAACAUUCUUUAAAUGGCUGGCUUCUUGUUUGCAAGCCAGCUGAUACGGUAGCAACCAAAGAUUCCAGUGUUUGAGCAUUUGAAAGACUCUGCCUGCUUACCUGUGCUAGAAAUAACAGCAUCUAAAGUGAAGACUUAAGAAAAAAACCAUAGCGACUACUAGAUUCUCUUUAGGACUCUGCAUUAACUCUAUAAUGUUCUUGCUAUUAAAAAAAAAGCAUAUUUGUCACGGAAAUUUAGUUACCGUCUUACAACUGAACAUGUAUGUGUGUUGCUUAGAUAAAUGUAAUCACUGUAAACAUCUAUAUGAUCUGGGAUUUUGUUUUUAUUUUGAAAUGGGAGCUUUUUGUUUACAAGUUCAUUAAAAACUAAAAACUGUUUCUGUAA